AUGUCCGGGCGCGGCAAGGGCGGCAAGGGGCUGGGCAAGGGCGGCGCCAAGCGCCACCGGAAGGUCCUCCGCGACAACAUCCAGGGCAUCACCAAGCCGGCCAUCCGGCGCCUGGCGCGCCGCGGCGGCGUGAAGCGCAUCUCCGGGCUCAUCUACGAGGAGACCCGCGGCGUGCUCAAGAUCUUCCUCGAGAACGUCAUCCGCGACGCCGUCACCUACACCGAGCACGCCCGCCGCAAGACCGUCACCGCCAUGGACGUCGUCUACGCGCUCAAGCGCCAGGGACGCACCCUCUACGGCUUCGGCGGCUGAGCAGAGGAGGCGCGGCGCGGCGCUGGAUGGCCGUGCCGGAAGUCUUGGCUCGCGGUCAAGAAAUUGGAGGGGAGGAGGAAGCUCUGUGUUCGGUUCCUGGUUCCGUGGGUAGCAGUAGUCGUAGCUUCGUCAGCAGUAGUAGAUUGUUGUCUGUUCAGUGUUCGCUUCGAUUGCUGUUCUCAACUUGUGAUGGGCAAAUAUGGUGUUUGCCGAGUUGUAUGAUUUCAGUGUUAACAAAGUUAUGCUUCAGCUA